GUGUGUUUUCAGGCGCUGUUUGCUCAUCGCUCAACGGACUGUUGAGCUCAAGAAGAAGAAGAUUAGCUUAAAAUAUACCAGCUAGCUUAUGUGUUAAGGAAGAUGAGUUGGUUCAUUUAAAGCUUUUGGCAAAACAAUGUACCAGUCAGCAUGGGACAGGCCCUGUGUAUAUGCGCUCGUGGCUCCCUCACCAUUGAUAACAAAAAAUACUACUUUGUCCAGAAAUUGGACGAAGGUGGGUUCAGCUACGUUGAUUUGGUUGAAGGAGCAAAGGAUGGAAGAUUCUACGCUCUGAAGAAGAUCUUAUGUCAUGACCGCCAGGCUCGCCAGGAGGCUCAGACUGAGGUGGAAAUGCAUCAGAUGUUUAAUCAUCAGAACAUCUUAAGCCUGGUUGCAUACGCCUUUGUUGACAGCGGAGGCAAAACCGAAGCCUGGCUCCUUCUGCCGUACAUUAGAAAGGGAACCCUGUGGUCUGUUUUGGAGAAACUAAGAGACAAGGGGAGCUUAAUGCCUGAGAACCAGAUUUUAAAAAUCCUCCGUGGAAUCUGCUCUGGUUUGAAGGCUAUUCAUGACAAAGGCUAUGCCCACAGGGACCUAAAACCUACAAAUGUGCUUCUGGAUGAGGAUGACAGGCCCGUUUUGAUGGAUCUGGGUUCAAUGAACCGUGCUAGAAUUGAGGUGAAGGGAUCCAGAGAAGCAAUGACUGUACAGGACUGGGCCGCACAACGAUGCACAAUUUCCUACAGAGCUCCUGAGCUCUUUAAUGUAGAGAGUCACUGCAUUAUAGAUGAGCGCACUGAUAUUUGGUCGCUGGGCUGCGUGCUGUACUGCAUGAUGAUGCUGGAGGGCCCAUAUGAUAUGAUAUUCCAGAAGGGGGACAGCGUUGCUUUGGCUGUCCAGAAUCCAGUUAAAAUCCCAGUGACUUGCAGAUACUCAGAGGGUCUCCAGAUGCUGCUGAGCUCCAUAAUGGUUUCGAAUCCUCAGGAGCGACCAAACAUCGGUUGGGUUCUGGAUCAGGUACAGGACCUGCAGAGCCGCAGCCCGAACACUCAGACCAACAUGGUCUGAUUCCAGCUUGGUGCGCUUUAUUAGAACCAUGGACUCUUCACCAGCUUCAGCACAGCUUCGCUUUAAUUCCAGCUUCAAGUGUCACCUUUUAUUUGUUCUUUUAGAGUGCAAAAUAGAUAUUAUUUUUAUGUAUCAUCUGCCCUUUACCUUUUUUAAGUAUAAUCCUUAUGGAGCAAGAUCAAAUAUGCCUUAAACUGUUUCACACCUUGAAGUGCAAUGCUUCACCUUCUUGUUUGCAUUAAGAAAAGGGACAUUUUUCUCUCUGAAAAGUUACUCAAGGCGAUAAAUAUUUCAUGUUUCUCUGAAACCCUCAGCCCUUUAGUUUAGUUCUGCAAGCUAUGCUCUUCUUACACUUUGAACUAAUUUGUGGUUGAGGAUUCAAUAGCCGUAUUUCUGGUAAAUAUAAAUAAUAUAUCGAUAAAUUAAGUGCAUGAAUUCUUUGUUUAAUACACUCACCUAGCUUACUCGUAAUUCUGAAACGCCUGUCAUAAUUUUGGCUCCUGAAACUAUUAAAUUGGGGGGGGAAAAAACAGCUAAAGCUGUUUACAUUUCUACUUUUAAAUUUAUAAUUUAAACUUCAAGGCCUGCAGCUGCUUACACUCUCUGCCCGUCGAUGAUUGCUGUAUUGUAAUGUUUAAAACCAAAACUAUGCCUGCGUAGGUGAAAUCAGCAGCCAACUGAUUGUAUUAAUUAAUGGCCUUUUAUUUCCUUCCCUUUCCUGAGUAACAGCUGCUGUAGAUGUUAUUGUGGAGGCCUGAGAAUUAGAUAAAAAAUUCUCUCUAACAUCUGUUGAGUUAAAAAAGAAGAUCUUGUUUUCUGGUGAAUGUUCUUCUAAUUAUUAUUUUCCAUAUUAAUAUAGUAAGAAAAUGUUGAGUUAAAAAAACCCUUCCCAAACAUUCCAGUAAAUAAAUUAUGCCUGAGUUUAGCACGUAGUUUAGCAUGUAAAGCUGCAUCCUCAUCUCUUUUAUAAACCAAUGCAGUUUUUUAUCGCAUGCUCUUAGGUUUAGCUGAAGUUACCAGUACAGUAGUAUCAUUCAUUCUGACUCUUUUUAAGGUUCAUUGCCUGAAUCACAGAGAUAAAAAUAAUUAGACCAAAGGCGGGCAUCAUUCUGAUCACACAGAUUCUUGGAUUCGGUAAUCCCUUAGGAAACUUGUGUUGAUGGUACGUAAAGGUGCUGCUGUUAAUGUUAUUGCAGGAUGAUACUUUUCCUUUUUUUCAGUAGUUUUAAUAUUUAUGGUGAUGUUUUUAAUUGGUUUAGUAGUUUUGCAUUCCAGCAUUGCUUGUUCAGUUUUGGUUUCUUCAUGUGUUUGACACGUCUGGUUCUCUCAGGAUACGCUAACAUCUCAGAAGAUCCACAUUAGAAAACAGUACCUAUAGGUUUCCUGG